GGGGCGCGCGGCAGCGGCAGCUCCAGCACUCAGACAUGGCCACAGGCGCGCAGCCCCCGGGCUCAGGCGGACAGGGACAGGGGCAGGCUAUUAAGAAAACAAUUUCAGAUGUGAAUGAGACUGUUACAGAGGGUACUCAAGAGAAUCAGGUUGCAGUGGAGGAUGGAGAAAUUGCCACAGAACGCUCGAAUGAUGACUGUAAAAAAAUGGGAACACUCUUUGGCGAGCUCAACAAAUGUCUACUCAAUGCCGGCUUCUCAAGAAUGGAAUUGGGGACAUAUGAUGUGGAACCUAUUGUAAUCGUUUUCUUUUGGUUCAUGUUGGGUUUUCUUGGAUUACAAGCUUUAACUUUGGUGGGAGCUCUCAGCCUUGUUAUUGUUUUCAUCCAUGGAUAGGAGGACAUUUUCUAAAAAGAAUGUAUGAAAUCUUGUUUACCUUGUUUGUAAAUGCUAUAUAAUUAUGUUCAGAAUUUGUAAUGAAUUCUUAAUUGUGUACAUACAUUUAUAAAUACUGUAUGCUACUUACAUGUCAAAAUAUGCAAAAUACCCAGAUAGAUAUGGUGUAUUGGUAUUUACAACUGAAAAAGAGGAAAUUAGUUUUUUUAUUGUGUUGCAAAAAACAUGCAAUAUUUUCAAGGUUUGGGCUAAAAUGUUGUAAUUCUAUUGAAUAUAUUAAAAUGUUUAGUUUUAAGCAGAAUUAAGCUAAAGAUUCUUCAAAUAUCCCAGAAUAGUUCAGAAAAGCUCAGGGCAUGAAAUAUAUGUUUGCAUUAUGUAGUUUGUAGAUAAAAACUCUUGUUAAUAACUGUAAAUCCUUUUGUAAAACAUAUGCAAGCAAUUUGUAUACAGUACCAGAUUUGUGUCUUCUGUAAAGUAUAUUUCUGUAAAGUAUAUUAUGUUGAGUGAAAUACUUUUAUUGAUGUUUUCUUUUUCUCCCCUCCCUUUGGUUUUGUUUGGAUUCCUUCAUACCCAUCUGAACCGGCUUUAAAGUAGAUUCAGUGGAUAUCUAUAUUUAUCUGUGGAUUUUGUUUCCUUUGAGUUUUGGCAGUAUGCAUGGAACUAAACAUUAGGUAAUGAAAAUGUUUUUGUAAGUGAGUUGCAGCAGACUGUUCAAUCAGGUAUUGAAUGAUAAGAUUUUUGUUAAAUGCCAAUUAUUGGGGGAAAAUUGCUAUAAAUAUUUCAGUAAGCACAUGAAUGCUUCAGUGUAUUUUUUAAGGAUACUAAUUGAAAACAAAUGUGUAUUUUUGUGGAGUAAGGGACUUGUACCAUCAAGUACUUCUGUUAGAUUUCUUAAUGUAUCAAAAUAUCUCUUACUGUUUUUUUGUUAAUUCUAGUUAAGUGUUUUUGUAAACUGUUUGUAUGCUGUACAAAUGCUUCCAGGUUUAACUGGAAGGAUCUGAUCUGGAUCAUAUAGUUGCACUAAAACCUGGAGUCUGAAGCUGAUGAGCAGUUUUAGUGCAAAUAGGGUCCAAACAAAGACAGUUUGCUUAAUACUGCUAGGCCUGUUGCUAAGUGGAAAAUGUUUGAUAAAACAUUUUAAUUCUGUAGUUUCAGAUACUUCUGUACUUGAUGGGGAAGAGCCAUCUAGAAAGGAAAAAAAGACGAACAUUUGAGCUCAUUUGUGUUUUGGGUUCUUGUGCCUCUCAUUUUUACUGGAUCCUAAAUGAUUGCAUAGUGUUUUCAUUAUGUAAAAUGACACAGCGAACUUCAUGUGCCAAUGAAAAUCACAUUACUGCUUAAAUGUUUGGAACCACUCAA